ACGCUUAAAUAAAAUAAAUCUCGUCUAUUCUCUUCUAGCCUCCAUAUAUUAUUUCGUUGAGUUGGCCUCAAUCAGAGGCUACUGUUUCAUUACGUUGGGUUCUGUAAAUUUUCUACAAAUGGUGCUAUUCGGUUUUGAAUUUUAUAAAAUGCUUUGAAUGAAAAGAAAAAAGAAGAAGGAGGAGAAACAAAUGAAAUUGGGGUUUCCAUGGUGUUUCAAGAACAGUGGGGGAAUCUUGCCCAUGAUAACGGAGAUAAAUUCGCUGCAAUUUUCAACCUAACGUUAGAUACUUAGAUUGUUGGACCCAUUGAUGGAUAAGAAGAGAUGGUUAUGGAAACAUAACUCUUCCGAGAAGGGUCCUGGCGAAACCGAUAGCUCAGGAUCAGCAUCAUCUCAUUCUGAGGAAGGAUCGAAGGAAUCUCCAAAUGGAAGUAGCCUGUCCCCUGCUGUCACCUCAAAAACCGCCGCCUGGGCAAAUGAUGCAAAUUGUUCAUUUUCUAAUGAACAAUUGCCUGUAGAAACUUCAAAACCUCUAUCUACUGCAGGUAUGAUGAACGAUGGUUUGCUAGAGAAAGAUGAACAUGGAGAAAAUGAAAAUAUAAAAAAUGUAGAGGAAGGUUAUCUUAUGUCGAAGAAGCUAUCUGCAGCACUCGUCAAUGUCAAUACCAAAGAAGAUUUGGUUAAGCAGCAUGCGAAAGUUGCUGAAGAAGCCAUUGCAGGCUGGGAAAAGGCUGAAAAUGAAGUGUCAUUUUUGAAGAAGCAACUUGAAGCAGCAACUCACAAGAGUUCCACUCUUGAAGAUCGAGUCACCCAUCUUGAUGGUGCACUUAAGGAGUGUGUUAGGCAGCUAAGACAGACAAGAGAAAAGCAGGAAGAGAAUAUAGGUGAUGCAAUAGAACAGCGGACUUGUGACUUGGAAUUGGCCAAAAUUAAACUUCAGAGAAGAGUUUCUGAGCUCCAGAGCAAAUUAGAGGCUUGUAAUGCCAAAUCUUCUGUUGAUCUUGAAUUGUGUCACAAGGUUGAGCUUUUGGAGAAAGAGAACAUGGCUCUCCGGCAGGAACUCUUGGCUCAAUCGGAAGAGCUGGAAAUGAGGACAAUUGAGAGAGAUUUAAGUACUCAAGCUGCUGAGACAGCUAGCAAGCAACACUUAGAAAGCAUCAAGAAAAUAGCCAAGCUGGAGGCUGAGUGCCGGAGACUGAAGAGCAUUGCUUCAAGAGCUUCUGUAGUUAAUGAUCAUAAAUCUGCUGUUUCAUCCUCAUUUUGUGUUGAGUCUUUCACAGACAGUCAAUCAGACAGUGGGGAGCAACUUAAUGCAGUUGAGAUUGAUACCCACAAGACAACCUGCUCAGACCCGAACAAGUGUGAGCCGAGUUGUUCUGAUUCAUGGGCAUCUGCAUUAAUAGUCGAGCUUGAUCAGUUUAAGAAUGAAAUGUCCCGACAAACUCCAACCAAUUCUGUUAAACUUGAUCUCAUGGAUGAUUUUCUUGAAAUGGAACGACUUGUUGCAUUGCCUGAGACCAAGAAUGAAAGCCAUGUCCAGGAGUCAGUUGUUGACAAUCACUGCAUUAUUGAAAAAAGCUCUCCCGGAGCACAGUUUGAGAUCAUGAAUAAACAAAUGGAUGAACUAAGAGAGAAGUUAGAGAAGGUUGAAUUGGAAAAAGCUGAACUAGAGAUGGCUUUGAUGAAAAGUGAAGAGUCUAUUAAGGAGUCGCAGCGUCAGAUGAGUUACACAGAAAAGAAAGUGGAGGAGUUGCAAGAGGAACUUGAAAAUGCCUACAAAUCAAAAGAAAUGAUAGAAAAUUACCUGAUUAGCAUGGAGGCAGAAGCUCAAACAUUAUCAGCAAAGGUUGAUGUAUUAGAAGCAGAGGUAGAUAAGGAGAGGGCCGCGUCGGAAGAAAUUGCGAUGAAGUGUAAGGUGUUGGAACAAGAGCUACAAACCAAAUUUGCAGAGGUUGACGUAUUAGAAGCAGAGGUUAAUAAGGAGAGGAUUGCAUCUGAUAAAAUGGUGACCAAGUGUAAGGAUUUGGAGGAAAAGUUAAAAUCUAAAUCUGCAGAUGUUGACAUAUUAGAAGCAGAGGUUAAUAAGGAGAGGGUUGCUUCAGAUAAAAUCAUGACCAAGUGUAAGGACUUGGAGGAAGAGCUAAAAUCCAAAUCUGCAAAGCUUGACUUAUUAGAAGCAGAGGUAGAUAACGAAAGAGCUGUGUCGGAAGAAAUUGCAAUGAAAUUUAAGGAUUUGAAGGAAGAGCUAGAAAGCAAGAAGCAGGAAGAGAUACUUAGAUCAACAAGUAGCUUUUAUGCAGAAAAGAAGAUAAAGCAGGAGGAUCUAGCUCUGGCUGCCGGAAAGCUUGCGGAGUGCCAGAAAACAAUAGCUUCCCUGGGGAACCAGUUAAAAUCCCUAGCUACACUGGAAGAUUUCUUUAUUGACACUGCUAGCAUUCCAGCAAGUCCGUCGCUUGUUGCUCAAGCCAGUGGCGAGUUAUGGAAGCUGCAUUCGAACGACACAUUUUCACCGAAAAGAGAUUCCAAUAUUUCAGGGUUGGCUGUUGGGAGCUCUGGCCAAUCCUUAAACAAAAACGAAGAAAGCUUGCAGCCUUUGUCAUCUUCAUCAACUUCUUUGGCUGCCCUCACACCAAACCAUGUCGGUUCUGAGAAGAGUCGAAAUGGUUUUGCAAAAUUUUUCUCUAGAACAAAGAGUGGGAUCAGAUUGGAAAUUUAGUUAGUGAAGAUACAGUGACUUAACUGACAACUGUAGUGCAAGUCAUUCUUUUCUAAUGUUGUAAGAGAUUGGUCUUCUAAUUCAAAGAGCAGAUUUAACAACACUAAAUUCUUACCAAAAAUACAUGGCGAGUGCUAUGGUGUAGAUAGAAAAUUUCUUCUACACCUAUAGAUGACACUUGUCGAGAGUUGAGAUUGGUUUUGUGCUAUGUUUAAACAUGAUAUAUAGGAGACAAUUUCCGGACAUAUAAAAAGUU